UUGCAGGACCUCGAACUUCAGCAAGCCCUAGACUCUGUGGUUUAACUCACAGCGCCACCUGGGUCCCCUAAUAGAUGCCUUAGGAAGCCCAUUUUUCUUCUACUGUAUAAUAACAACCAAGCCUUGUGGGUCACAUCAAACCCUGCAGGAACCCAAGUGAAAUGAGGACAGAAUAUGGGUCAUUAAUUUGAAGACUAACCUGAACUUGAAUGAGGUCAGUGCUGCUGAAUCCCAGCCUUGUUUUAAAGUUCUGCUGCCAGAAUAGUGGAAGAGAAUCUCUUUCGACUACUAGUAAAUGGUGCUCUGGAGCUUCAGCCUGGCUUCAACAUCUUUAUCAAUGACUUGAAUGAUGGGCUUGAGGGCAUCCUGACCAAGUUCACAGAUGACACCAAAUUGGGAGGGGUGGCUAAUACCCCAGAGGACAGGAUCACACUUCAAAAUGACCUUAACAGAUUAGACAACUGGGCCAAAGCAAACAAGAUGAAUUUUAACAAGGCGAAAUGUAAAGUACUACACUUGGGCAAAAAAAAAAAAUAUGAAAGGCACAAAUAUAGGAUGGGAGACACCUGGCUUGAGAGCAGUACAUGUGAAAAGGAUCUAGGAGUCUUGGUAGACCACAAACUUGACAUGGGUCAACAGUGUGAUGCAGCAGCUAAAAACGCCAAUGCAAUUCUGGGCUGCAUCAAUAGGAGUAUAACAUCCAGAUCAAGGGAAGUAAUAGUACCACUGUAUUCUGCUCUGGUCAAACCUCACCUGGAGUACUGUGUCCAGUUCUGGGCACCACAGUUCAAGAAGGAUACUGACAAGCUGGAACAUGUCCAGAGGAGGGCAACCAAAAUGGUCAAAGGCCUGGAAACGAUGCCUUAUGAGGAACGGCUUAGGGAGCUGGGUAUGUUUAGCCUGGAGAAGAGAAGGUUAAGGGGUGAUAUGAUAGCCAUGUUCAAAUAUAUAAAAGGAUGUCAUAUAGAGGAGGGUGAAAGGUUGUUUUCUGCUGCUACAGAGAAGCCUACACGGAGCAAUGGAUUCAAACUACAAGAAAGAAGAUUCCACCUAAACAUUAGGAAGAACUUCCUGACAGUAAGAGCUGUUCGACAGUGGAAUUUGCUGACAAGGAGUGUGGUGGAGUCUCCUUCUUUGGAGGUCUUUAAGCAGAGGCUGGACAGCCAUAUGUCAGGAAUGAUUUGAUGUUGUUUCCUGCUUGACGGGGUUGGACUGGAUGGCCCUUGUGGUCUCUUCCAACUCUAUGAUUCUAAGAUAUUGCAGAAACACCUGAUUAACCUUGAACUCUGACCAAUCAACAUAGAAUCAUAGCGCUAGAAGGGACCCACAACCCCCUUCAAUUAUUCUAUUAUAGUUAAUUUCACCUCAGGUGGGUGGUCCUGCAUACCUGACAUAAUUGGCCCUCAGGGGUGGGGGAGGGAGAUAUGUCCUGAGCCGUAUUGAACCCACCAUGCUCACCACUUCCUGCAGGAUUUGGGAACUGUCUGGUGCACCAAAACGGAGCAGGAUAAAACUUCCUGUGUCUCAGCUGAUGUGCAGAGGGUUCAAUCCUGCUUUCUGCCUGAUCAGUCAUGCCAGCCAGUUGCUUCCUGGCGCACCCAAACCAAUCAGGACUGAAAUCGCUGCGCAUCAUCUGAUGCAUGGGGAGCUAUCCUUCUUUAUGCAAACGCAUCUGUACCUGCCCUGGUGCCACAUAUCACAUCUGGUUGUGGGAAAACAGCCCUGUGGGACAACUGGGAAAUUCUGGCAGGCAAAGUCUGGCUCACAAGCCAGAGGUUUCCCAUCCCUGCUUCGGAGUCCAGCUAAAUUAUUGUAGUCUGGCCUUUUUGCUGGGUGUCAUCUCUCAAAUGAAGGGAAUAAACUGUAGGAAGAGGCUGUGGGAUUUCUUGCAUUAAAAGUUGCUUAUAUUCACGUUCAUUAAAAAAAAGGGAAGGAUCAGAUUACUCAGUACUGAGGGAGAUUAUGAAAAGAUAUACAAAAAAACCAAACCCCACAAACCUGAAGUUAUUCUGCUAGGGAUUAUAGGUAUAGAAAGGGGGGGGCAGAGAGAGAUGGUCAAGUUCUUUAUGUAUGUAACUACAGCAGCUAGGUUCUUUUACGCUCAGAAAUGGAAAGAUAAAGAAGUUCCCACUAAAGAAGAAUGGAUAAGUAAAGUAAUGGACUAUGUUGAAUCAGUGAAGCUAACAGCCAAAGUAAGAGAAUCUAAUGAUUUUUUUAAAUAAAAAGAAUGGAAGCUUUUAUCAGAUUAUUUAAAGAAAUACUACAACAUGAAUCUGUGAGCAGGUUUUGAAGUAUGAGCAACAAACAACUUAAUGACUAUGCUAAAAAAGAGGUAAGACAGGCUGGAGUAAAGGGGGAGAUAAGAAAAACAUCACAGAAAAUGGGAUAAUAUAAAUAUAAAGUCAAUAAUAUAAAUAGAAUUUUAAAAAAAAAUACUGAGGAAGGCAAAUACCUACCACAGCAGCAGCAACGACGACGGCAAUCAAUCCAUUUCCUAAUACUGUACAUGUAUGGAAUCCAAAGUUCCACUUGGAGGAAUAUUCUUAUUGGAAGUAAUUUAGUAGAGUUUAUAGGAAAUUCAGGGACCACAAAGCAGUGCAGAGAUUAUGGGGCAAAAGGGAAGGGGAGUCUGUAACCAAAUUAUUGUAUUCCCUGUACUGACAGUAGCUAAGGGGACUUGCAUUCUGUAAAAAAGGGGACCCCAGCUGCCUCUGUUCCCCCCUUAAUUCACACACUGAACACAAGCCUCUUCUGACUGCCCUGUUCUGCUUCCUCUCCCUGCUGCCUCCAAGAGUCUUUUACUGAAUUUGAAUUUCCACCCUUGACUGCCACUAAAUGAAAGACACUGCAUCUUCUUCAUCCCUCUAACUGCUCAUUCUCUUGCUCCUCGCCCUACUCUUCCUGAGAGCCUAUUUGUCUGCUAAAAUGCACCUUGCCUAAGGUCCCUGAUACUUCAGAGCAAAGAGUGCACAGAGAUAAGGAAGGAUUCUCACCAAAGCCUAACAGGAACAGGAGCAACAGCAGCCACAGUGAGCUCAAAGGCAGAAAGAGCAUCCAGCAUCAGCAGCAACAGCGGAGAAUUCUCAGGUCUUGUAUUCAUCCCAUAUAAAGCCUCAUCCAAAUCCUAGCCAGCACAAAGGGGUCUAGUGCUUGGGGGGUAGCAUAGAGAAGCUGAUGAGCUGCUAAAAAUAUAGAGGGGAGGGGAGGUAGGCUUGUUAUAUUAGAAUCCACUCAGCAAAAAGUGUAGUAGGUGAGAACUGGCUGGCUUUGAGUGGCAGGCAGUCUGGAAAGCAAAGGGGGUGGAGGAAAUGCCAGGCUGCCGGUAGGAAUCUUGGAAAGGAGGGAAAGGUUGAGCAUUGCUCCUUUGAGCUGGAGAUCUAGCGGAGAUCCUGGGGGUUGGGGAGCCAAGUGUUUGCUUCCGAGUUUCAAGCAAAGAAGGAGAGGAGCAGGGAUAUGAUGGGCUGGUGGUGAUGUAGCAGAAGGUGAACACUCUGGAUGCUUGAGGACUGCAGGUAGGCAUGGGUGACCUUUACCUGCAAAGAGGAGGACGUGGUGGUGCAUCAGCCAUGACUAAUGAUACCCUCAAUAAAGAAGGCCAAGGAGAGGCAGAGCACUCAGAUAUGUCCCUACGAGUGGUGUUGGCCACUUUGCUGCUCCUCCUCAUCCUCUCCACCCUGCUGGGAAACACCCUUGUAUGCAUGGCAGUGGUCAAAUUCAGGCACCUGCGCUCAAAAGUCACCAAUUUGUUUGUCAUCUCCCUGGCUGUGUCAGACCUCUUGGUAGCCAUGCUGGUGAUGCCGUGGAAGGCGGUCACUGAAGUGGCUGGCUUCUGGCCUUUUGGAAGCUUCUGUGAUGUCUGGGUGGCUUUCGACAUCAUGUGCUCCACGGCUUCGAUCCUCAACCUGUGCAUAAUCAGUCUGGACCGCUAUUGGGCCAUCUCCAGCCCCUUCCGCUAUGAGCGGAAGAUGACCCAGCGAGUGGCUUUUGUCAUGAUUGGGGUGGCUUGGAUGCUCUCCAUCUUGAUCUCAUUCAUACCCGUCCAGCUGAGAUGGCACCAAGCCAAGGAGCUCCCUCCUGCCCACCAGAGAGACUCCAACAUCACCUGGAGCUCAGAGGAAAACUGUGACUCCAGCCUCAACAGGACCUAUGCUAUUUCCUCCUCCCUCAUCAGCUUCUACAUCCCUGUUGUUAUCAUGAUAGUGACGUACACCAGGAUCUUCUGCAUUGCUCAGCGACAGAUAAGGAGGAUCUCCUCUCUAGAGAGGGCCGUGGAACACGCCCAGAGCUGCCAAAGCAACGAGUGUUCCCAUGAAGUGUCCUUGAAGAAUUCCUUCAGAAAAGAAACUAAGGUCCUCAAGACCCUCUCCAUUAUAAUGGGGGUCUUUGUCUUCUGCUGGCUUCCUUUCUUUGUACUCAACUGCAUCAUCCCCUUCUGUGACCACAACCUGCACCAGCUGGCAGAACUACCAUGUGUCAGUGACACAGUUUUCAACAUCUUUGUUUGGUUUGGCUGGGCAAACUCUUCUCUCAACCCAAUCAUCUAUGCCUUCAACGCUGACUUCCGAAAGGCCUUUGCAACCAUCCUGGCCUGUGGCCGCUUCUGCCCCAACAAUGCUGUGGAGACGGUGAACUUCAGCAAUGAGCUGGUUUCGUACCAUCACGACACCACCUGCCAGAAAGACCUGGUGGUCUUGAGUGACCCACAGCUUCUACCCCACACCAUGACCCUCCAAGGGGAGGAUAAUGAGUUGACUUUUGACAAAGUCUCUGAGAUCUCACGUGAUACCUCCCAUGAUAACAAGGGAGCUGCUUUGUCAGCUAUAGUGCAUGUGGAGUAUGAGACUGAUACAUCACUUGAGAAGAUUGCCUAUAACACGCUGGAUUAAAAAAGGCAGACAGGUGGCUGUGUGAAGGAGGAUGGGACACA